AGCGUAGGUUCGGGACGGAAGCAAGGGAAAGAAAACAUGGCUUUAGAUAGUAAUAAAAUAAUAAGGACGCAAAUUUCGACGUUUGUCAAAGUACUGUCCGACGGUACAGUACUUUUGUACACAGCUAUUCCGGUAUUUACAAAUAGAUUUUGAAAUCUAGCAUUGUACUAGGCCUAAACCCAAAGUACCGCAGUAUACCGUAUUACUUUAAUACCCCCCAAGCCAAUCCAAAGUACAUUUUGAAAUGAAUCCUAAGCAAUCGCAAGCCAACUAGCUAUAUCUCAAGUAAUAAUUGUAUCAGAUAAUCUGAUUCAUAGUUCGUAUGUGCUAUUUUUCUCCGUACUUAUUAUUUUACCAUAGUGUACGAAGUUGCAUGAUUCAGAUUUUGGUUGUUAGCAUAACCAGGUGGGCGACCUAACAAUGCAGAGGCGGUGUGGUGCGUUUGUGAGAAAAAAAAUAAGAAAAAUCAGUGAUGAGAUCAAAAUAUCAGUGGUUUCGCCAAUCCUUAGAGGAAAGACACCAGCCAGGCGGUUAGAAGCGAUACCCGCUGCUUGUUUCUCCUGUCAAAGACGUAGAGAAGCGCAGCCAUGAUGGCGUCCGGGUACAGCGCCAAGGAGGAAGACGGCCACCAUCCCGGGGCUUCGGGGGCGACCGGGAGCGGUGUGGCCAAAAGCAAGAAGCCCGACAACACAGCAUUCAAGCAGCAGAGGCUGCCCGCCUGGCAGCCCAUCCUGACGGCGGGCACCGUGCUGCCGGCCUUUUUCGUGAUCGGCCUGAUCUUCAUCCCCAUUGGAAUCGGCUUAUACGUAACGUCCAACAAUAUAAAAGAAUUCGAGAUCGACUACACGGGCGCUGACAUGUCCAGCCCGUGCUUUAACUGCUCCCAGGGCCCGAGCUGGAACAGCACAUGGCCUUGCCACUGCUCCAUCGCCUUCACUCUAGACCAGCCCUUUGAGAGCAAUGUGUUCAUGUACUAUGGACUGUCCAACUUCUACCAGAAUCACAGACGUUAUGUGAAGUCGAGGGAUGACAGCCAGCUCAAUGGCGACAAGUCAUCCCUGAGGAACCCAAGCAAGGAGUGUGAACCGUAUCGCACUAGUGACAACAAGCCGAUCGCCCCAUGUGGCGCUAUUGCCAACAGCCUUUUCAACGACACUUUGGAGCUGUUCUAUAUUGACCCCAAUGGCACUAGAACCCAGAUUCCCCUGAUGAAAAAGGGGAUUGCGUGGUGGACAGACAAGCACGUGAAAUUCAGGAACCCUGGUGGAACCAACUUAAACCUCAGUAUGGUCUUCCAGGGCACCGCUAAGCCUGUAAACUGGCAUGAACCCGUGUACGAGCUGGACACAGACCCCGAAAACAACGGCUUCAUUAACGAGGAUUUCAUAGUGUGGAUGCGCACAGCAGCCCUGCCCACCUUCCGCAAACUCUACCGGAUCAUCCAGAAGAAAAGUAACAUGACCCCCACCCUGCCCAGGGGCAAUUACACCCUAGAUGUCACCUACAACUAUCCCGUGCUAAGCUUCGAGGGCCGCAAGCGAAUGAUUCUGAGCACGAUUUCCUGGAUGGGGGGGAAGAAUCCCUUCCUGGGUCUCGCUUACAUCACUGUGGGCUCCGUCUGCUUCUUCCUGGGUGUGGUGCUACUUAUCAUACACCACAAGUAUGGGAACCGCAACAACAGUGCCGACAUCCCCAACUGAGGCCCGGGUGCAGGAAGCCGCACACUCCCGUCCCGCGGCUGGGAUGCCCAGCCAGGCUCGCUUGCUCGUUAGACACCCAAAGCUCUCCUCUUAGUGGCACGUUUGGAAGCCUCCCCGGUUGUGUGUGGGGUCCCCACCGGGUCGUUAGGAGUCGCACUCUAGUGAAUGAGAAUAUUAUCAAAACUGCUGAGAGAUUUUGCUGUAUUUAAAGGUCACCAUUUACCGAAAUAGUGAACUGUAUGUUUUCUUUUGUUCAUUGUCUCUAAAUGUAUCAGUGUAGAUGGUGUGUGGUUAUGCUGGAGUGGAAACUACUGACUAGUAAAUGACUUGAAGAAGAUGUAAAUAAGCUGCACUAAUGUGAAUGUUAAAAAUGUACGAUUUUGAAUGUGUGAAAUAUGCAGAUAGCCAGCGGUAAUGCCCUGUGUGUCAUUUCAUAUCAAAUGCACAGGAUGCUUUGGCUCUUGCAAUAUCGAGAUACACUGCGUUGCAUGUUACAGAAAACGGCAGCUUAUCCCUGUUAAGAUGUUCAGUGAAAUGCUUCAUUCCUGAAUUUGAUAAACUUGAAUUUAAGAAGUGUAGGGGGAUCUUUGUACAAAUUGUACUCUGCUUUGUAAAAGCUUGUCGCACACAGCCAUGUGUUCCAUUACUGUGAAAUACAGUUGCUGUGUUUAUUACAAGCGCAUGACAGCUUAAAAACAAGGAGGAGUUUGGACCAAAUUAUGACUUAUUCCUCUGAACUGUAAGCUUAAUUUACUUCAGUGGAGUACGGCUAUUUAAUGCCCAUUAAACUAUAAAUACAAGGGGUUUAAAACGUAUUUUACAUUUGGGCCUCGUAGUCAUUUCUGACCUGAUUCAAUAUUUCCCUGAGCGUAAUAUUCUCACAUUUCAUUAUUUCAUACGGUCAAUUCAAUAAACCCUGCAACCCAA